GAGAACGAAGACGGGCGGCAAUGGCGUCGUCGACGCAGGUGGGGAGGAUCAAGCUGGGAUCGCAGGGGCUGGAGGUGUCGGCGCAGGGGCUGGGCUGCAUGGGCAUGUCCUCCACCUACGGCCCUCCCAAGCCCGACCCCGACAUGAUAGCACUCAUCCACCACGCCGUCGGCUCCGGCGUCACCUUCCUCGACACCUCCGACAUCUACGGCCCUCACACCAACGAAAUACUCCUCGGCAAGGCACUGAAGGGAGGGAUGAGACAGAAGGUGGAACUGGCGACCAAGUUCGGGCUCGGCUUCGCCGACGGGAAGUGGGAGGCCCGGGGCGAUCCGGCCUACGUGAGGGCGGCUUGCGAGGCCAGCCUGAAGCGGCUUGACGUCGAUUGCAUCGACCUCUACUACCAACACCGUAUAGAUACCCGCGUCCCCAUCGAAGUCUCUAUUGGAGAGCUAAAGAAACUCGUUGAAGAGGGUAAAAUCAAGUACGUUGGUUUAUCGGAGGCCUCUGCGUCAACCAUCAGAAGAGCACAUGCUGUUCAUCCCAUCACAGCUGUGCAAUUGGAGUGGUCACUGUGGUCAAGAGAUGUGGAGGCAGAGAUCGUUCCCACGUGCAGGGAGCUUGGCAUUGGAAUUGUUGCGUACAGUCCUUUGGGACGGGGAUUCUUAUCUGCCGGUUCCAAGUUGUUGGAGAAUCUCUCCAAGGAUGACUUCAGAAAGAAACUACCAAGGUUUAAGCCAGAGAACUUGGCUCACAAUGCAAAGUUAUUUGACCGAGUGAAUGAAAUUGCGCAAAGAAAGGGAUGCACCCCAUCACAGUUAGCCCUUGCCUGGGUACACCACCAGGGCGACGACAUCUGCCCUAUUCCCGGCACAACCAAGAUCGAGAAUUUCAAUCAGAACAUUGGAGCUCUGUCAGUGAAGCUUACACCAGAAGAGAUGGCUGAGCUCGAAUCGAUUGCUUCUGCGGACAGUGUGAAGGGUGACAGGUACGAUAGCAGCAUCUCUACAUGGGAAAACUCUGACACUCCGCCCCUUUCUUCAUGGGAAGCUGGUAAGGUCAAGUACAUCGGUUUAUCUGAGGCUUCCACUUCGACAAUCAGAAGAGCCCAUGCUGUUCAUCCCAUAACAGCAGUGCAACUGGAGUGGUCGCUCUGGUCGAGAGACGUGGAGGCAGAUGUAAUUCCCACAUGCCGGGAGCUCGGCAUCGGAAUCGUUUCCUACAGUCCUUUAGGACGAGGAUUCUUUUCUGUCGGUUCAAAGUUGUUUGAGAAUCUCUCCAAGGACGACUUCCGACAGUACCUGCCCAGGUUCCAGCCAGAGAACUUGGUUCACAAUGCCAAGUUAUUUGACCGAUUACAUGAAAUUGCAAAGGGAAAAGGUUGCACCCCUUCACAGUUAGCCCUCGCCUGGGUCCACCACCGGGGCAACGACGUCUGCCCAAUUCCUGGGACAACCAGGAUUGAGAAUUUUAACCAGAAUAUUGGAGCUGUGUCUGUGAAACUCAUGCCAAAUGAUAUGGCUGAGCUCGAAUCAAUUGCUUCUGCGGACAACAUCAAGGGCAGCAGGUACAAAAGUACCAUGAUUACAUGGGAGAACUCCGACACUCCACCCCUUUCUUCAUGGAAUGCUGCUUAGAAGCAGUCUAUUUCUGUCGCUGCCGCUUUGAUAUAUAUAGUGUGAGUUAUUUCUGAUGUGGUAAUUUAAGGCUCUACUGUGUGACUGUUAUAAUUGUGUGCGUUGAGAUAGUAAUUGUCAUAAUAUAAAGUGCUUUACCCAUAAUGUUCGAAUCUAGAUUCAUUUUGAGGCAAACUAUGAUUUACUGAAUGUCCAGUUAACUGUACUAUUGUAUGAAUUACUGAGUGU